CCAAAUUACUAAAUGUUAGAAUGAAAUUCUGUUUAAAGCCUUAAUUUGUAAAAAAACUUUAACUAAACUAUUUUACUUGUUUAAUGUUUAUUAUUUACUGUGUUACUAAACAAAAAGCUAUGCCAAAAGGAGAAAUUUUUCAUCAGCAGAAAAUCUUAUUCUGGGUUACACCUUAUGAUACCAAUGAUUAUUUAGGAAAGCCCUUGAAGUUAAAACCCUUGUUGGAAAAAGGCAAGUAUAAAGAAGCUCAACAUCUCUCUUGAGUGAUGCCUGACAUUGGGAACAUAACAAGUUAUUCUGGAUUCUUCACAGUCAACAAAAAAUGUGAUUCUAAUUUGUUUUUCUGGUUCUUUCUUGUCCAAAAAGAUAACUGGAAGGAAGCACCUUUACUACUUUGGUUGCAAGGAGGCCCAGGGAAUAUUUCGAUGUAUGGACUUUUUGAAGAGCUUGGACCUUUAGAAUCCUACCCAGAAGGUUUAAAGAAGCGACAAUACUCAUGGAAUGUAGAGAAUAAUUUGCUCAUCAUCGAUCAACCAGUUGGGGUUGGCUACAGCUUCACAGGGAAAAGUUGCUACCCUCAAAAUGAAACGGCAGUCGGAGAAGAUCUUUACCAAGCAAUGGUUCAGUUCCAUGAGUUGUUCCCAUUCUUCCAACAGGGCAAGUUUUUCAUCAGCGGAGAAUCUUAUGCUGGCCAUUAUAUUCCUGCACUGGGCCACACAAUACAAAAACACAAUCCUUCUGCUAAAGUGAAAAUAAACUUAAUAGCAAUGCUGAUUGGAGAUGGAUGGAGUGACCCUGUUUCACAGAUCGACUACGGAAGUUAUCUCUAUCAGACUGGAUUCAUUGAUUACACAGCACGUGAUGUCUACAAAAGCUACCAGGAUAAGUUUGUGCAGGAAGUCGCAGAACAAGACUGGGCUGAUGCUUCUGUGACUUGUGACGCUCUUAAUGGUACUUUAUAUGUUCGUUAUGUUGGGAAUGAAAUAAGUGUGUAUAAUUACAUUCUUCAACCUUUUCAAGAGACACAAAACUGAAAUAAAUUUAUACAAACAAGUAAAAAAUGUAAUGAAAAGUGCUUCAUGUUGGAAACCUCUCAUUCCAAGGUGGUGAUGCCACUUAUGACCAAUCUGCAUGAGAACACUAAAGAACUAGGAAUCAGAAUUCCUAGUUUAUGGACAGUAUCUAUAUGAACCGUGAGGUAUUUUUCACUGUUUAUUAUUCAAUUUCAGUUCUUUUUUCUUGUUUAUAUUUACUGUUAGUUUAGUAAUACAAUUUUGUAAAUAUUUGUACAAUGUUACAUCUGAAGAAGUACGCUGAAAUGUACAAAAAUGUAUUAAGUUUACCAAUUUUUGGUUUUUUCAUUUUUGUAUGAAGAGAAUAUAUACUCUUCCUUUUGAAUAUUAAUAAUAGUUUUCCAAUACACCCCUAUAAUGCCAAAAAGAACAACUAAAUCAAUCUUAAUUAUCACAAUCUUCAGAUCGACGCCAAAAAGAUAACAACCUCUAUUGGGGCAAAAUUUCUGAAGAAUGUACUUGUCAGGAUAAAGAAUGAAAGGAAAAUUUUGAUAUUUUAGAAAAAUAUAAAGAACUUGCAUAUUUAAUAGCGUACUUCAUUCAAUUGACAAGUUUUACAAUUAAUUAAUUUGAGCUUGCAUUAAUUUUUAAAACAAUAUUAUUUUAGUUUAUUAAUUAAGUUAU